AUGCGGCUGGAAAUCGAAGGCCUCGAGGUGCUCUUCCCGUACCCGCGCGUGUACGCGGAGCAGGUCGCGUACAUGCGGGAGCUCAAGCGCGCCCUCGACGCCAAGGGCCAUGCGAUGCUGGAGAUGCCCACAGGCACGGGCAAGACGGUCUCGCUCCUCUCGCUUGUCCUCUCCUACAAGGCGGCGCAUCCGCAGACAACCGGCAAGCUCAUUUACUGCACGCGUACGGUGCCCGAGAUGUCCAAGUGCGUCGAAGAGAUCAAGCACUUGAUGAAGUACCGCCAAGAGGUGCUGGGCGACGCCUCGAUGGGCAUCACAGCGGUCUGCUUGAGUUCGCGUCGCAACAUGUGCGUGCACUCGCGCGUCAUGGCCCACGCCGACGGAGAGACAGUCGACGCGCAAUGCCGCAACAUGACCGCGCCCUGGGUCCGGUCCCAAGCCGCGUCGCGCAACUUGGAGACGUGCAGCUUCUACGAGCAGUACGACUCGCGCUCGAUGGACCAGCGCGUGCUUGACCCCGGCGUCUACACGCUCGACGACCUCAAGGCCAUGGGUACCGCGAAAGGCUGGUGCCCGUACUUCAUGACGCGCCACGCGCUCACGUUUGCGGACGUUGUCGUGUACAACUACCAGUACAUGCUCGAUCCCAAGGUCUCGACGAUGGUUUCGCGCUCCCUCGAGCGCGACUGCAUCGUCGUCUUUGACGAAGCCCACAACAUUGACAACGUCUGCAUUGAAGCGCUCAGCGUCACGCUCAACCGGCGCGGCCUCGACCGCGCGUCGCGCAACCUCACGACCAUCAGCACGACGGUCUCGCGCAUGAAGCAGGCCGACAAGGCGCGUCUCGAUGCCGAGUACCGCCGACUCGUCGAAGGGCUGCGCUCGAGCGGCACGGUCGUCGCCCCCAAUGCUGGCAAUAACGACGACACCACGGAGCUCGGCGCGCCGGUCUUGCCCAAUGACAUUCUCGAAGAGGCGAUUCCCGGCAGCAUUCGGCGCGCCGAGCAUUUCAUCGCGUUCAUGCGGCGCCUCAUCGAGUACCUCCGCACGCGCAUCCGCGUCCGCAACGUCGAGAGCGAGACGCCCGCGGCCUUUCUCCACGCGAUGCAGACUGCGAUUGCGGUCGACACGAAGCCCAUGAAGUUUUGCUACUCGCGGCUGCAAUCGCUGCUUCGGACGCUGGAGAUUACAAACCUCGAAGAGUUCAACGCGCUCAACCAAGUCGCCGACUUUGCGACGCUCGUGGCCACGUACGCCGACGGCUUCAUGCUCAUCUUGGAGCCGACGGACCAGCACAAUGCGCCGCAGCCGAUUCUGCAGCUCGCGUGCCUCGACGCAUCCCUCGCCAUGCGCCCUGUCUUUGAGCGGUUUUCCACGGUCGUCUUGACGUCGGGCACGCUGUCGCCGAUCGACUUGUACCCGCGGCUGCUCAACUUUUCGCCAGUCGUGCGCGAGUCGCUGCCCAUGUCGGUGUAUAGGUCGUGCAUCUGUCCGCUCGUGAUCACGCGCGGCAGUGACCAAAUGCCAGUCAGCACGAAAUUUGAUUUGCGCGACGACAUGUCGGUGGUGCGCAACUAUGGCGGCCUCCUCCUCGAGAUGGCGGCGUGCGUGCCCGACGGCAUGGUGUGCUUCUUUCCGUCGUACAUGUACAUGGAGAACAUCAUUGCGCAGUGGGACGUGCUCGGCGUCCUCAAGAAAGUGCUCGCGCACAAGCUCAUUUUCAUUGAAACCAAGGACAUUGUCGAGACGACGCUCGCGCUCGACAACUACAAGCGCGCGUGCGACAUUGGCCGCGGCGCCGUCUUCUUCUCGGUCGCGCGCGGCAAGGUGGCCGAAGGCAUCGAUUUCGACCGUCAUUAUGGCCGCGCCGUGCUCCUCUUUGGAAUUCCGUUCCAAUAUACGCUCUCGAACGUGCUCCGCGCCCGCUUGGAGUACCUCCGGUACACGCACCACAUCCGCGAAGGCGACUUUUUGACGUUUGACGCGCUGCGUCAAGCGGCGCAGUGCGCUGGCCGCGUCAUCCGCUCGAAAGCCGACUAUGGCAUCAUUGUGUUUGCCGACUCGCGCUACAACCGCCACGACAAGCGCUCGAAGCUCCCGCCGUGGAUCAACCAGUUCCUGCUCGAGUCGCACCUGAAUUUGAGCGUCGAUAUGGCGGUCUUUAUGAGCAAGAAGUACCUCAGCCUCAUGGCCCAGCCCAUCGAGGACGGCCCCAACAUGCACUCGAUCCUCCUCGACGAAGCGGCGGUUGCCAAGUACCUCGGCCAGCACCCGCCGUCGGCGAUGCUUCUGGACGGAGAAGCUUCCGAGUCGGCCGCCAAGAAGGCCCGCGUCGAGUGACAUGUAACUUAAAAAAGAACAAGCAACAACGACAA